AUGGCCUCUUCCGACGAGCACACACCUGAAACAGAAGUCACUGUGAAAGAAGAGAAGGUCUAUGUCCAAAUCGACGACAAGGUGAUCGCGCUUGCGAGUCAAGCUCGUAGACCAAUAACACCUCCAGUGCAGGGUGCGAAGCAAGAAUACGUCACCCAAGAGCGUGCUCUACGAAGACGUCUGGAAAUGGACUCCUCCAACCAUUCGGGGCCGGCCGAGCUGGCGAUGAGGAGGGCGAGCAGAGCAAACAUAGCCCAAGCUGGCCUACAGCCGCUGAAGACGACGACUAUGAAGAUCGAGUGUGAGGGGAAAACAACUUCGUAUAUGACGAACGUACCGCCAGGUCUCAGUCACCCCGAUCUCUGGGGUGUGGUAGCAAGAGAGGUCGCCAAGACGACCAACAAGACGGUGGUCCAAUCUUUUGAAAGAUCUCGCCGGGCGGCAAGGCGAGGAUGA